GAAAACGAAAAGUGUCAUCAUGUUAUGCACGAAGAAAAGAAAAACACCUCAAAGAAGAGAGAAAAGAAGAAAGCCAGAAAGAAAAGGAGGGGCUCUCGCAGGGAACCUCAGCAAAGAGCUGAAGAAGAUCUAAAACAUACUGGUAAAGAGAGAGUCUCUGUGCACAGAAAUCCGCAGGUUAUCACAGAGGCGGUUACCGCAGGGAACAAUAGAUACAGGAGAAAUCCGCAGGUUAUCACAGAGGCGGUUACCGCAGGAAACAAUAGAUACAGGAGAGUUGUCACAGAGGCGGUUACCGCAGGGAACAAUAGAUACAGGAGAGUUGGACAGUGCGCAUGCGAUGAAUUCGGCAAAGGAUCCCAUCGUGAAGCAAGCAGACGAGACUCUUCAUCGGGAAAUCAAAGAUCAUGAAGAAGUAAAGGAGAUUGUCGAGGACAAUAUCGGGAAAGUAAACGAAGCGUGCAACAAUAGUGACGCCAUUGUAGAGAGAGAGCAGGAACUCCAGAAAGAAGACUUGGAGCCUUCCAGAGACGACAACGUCGUUGACGAUGUUGAUGAUGAUGACGGGUUUUUCCCUAGAAAGCUUUUCCUCUUCAAAAUAGAUAGAUUUAAGCAGAAGGAAGAGGGACCGUGUAACGCAGACCUGGGAAGCUGUAAUGUUGCCAGUCCUACACGCCGUCAAGACUUUUCCCAUAGUGACGACGUUACAGUGGCAGCUAUGAAGGAUGAAAUGACCAGGAAAAUUAGAAAGUUUUUUGGAUUUAAAUGA